CAUGAAAAUGACAGCAUCGCGAGAUUUCCUUGACGGCUAACGGGAUCUAGCUCGCUGUGAAGCCGCCGUGACACCGGUCCUGGUGAUCCACCUCCAGCACCGAACGUCGCUCCGGUGAUUGAGCCGUUAAGGUGUCAACCCGCCUCGUCCAGCCCCAUUGUGGAUCUUUAGCCCCUCCGGCAGGACAGUGGCAGAGCCAGAGCCAGACCCAUCGGGGACCAGACCACCAGGCAGCAGGGCUCCAUGAGCGCGAUGGGGCAGCAGCAAGGGGGGGGCCUGCGUUCUCGCCGGAGCCUUGUCCGGGACAAGGACCCCGGGCAGGGCAUGGGCAUGGAGGCGGCCUGCUGGCUGGCCCCCGGAGUGCUGCGCAGGCUGAUCGAGCUGCCUUCACCCCCCCUGUCCCGACACCAGCUCAAGAGACUGGAGGAGCACAGGUACAGCAGUGCCGGACGCUCCCUUCUGGAGCCUCUGAUGCAGCGUUACUGGGAGUGGUUGGUGGGACGAGUCCCCUCCUGGAUCGCUCCAAACCUCAUCACCAUCAUCGGCCUCGCCACCAACGUCUUCACCACCCUCGUGCUCGUCUACUACUGCCCCACCGCCACCGAACAGGCUCCUCUCUGGGCGUACCUGCUGUGUGCGGUGGGUCUGUUUAUCUACCAGUCAUUGGACGCCAUCGACGGGAAGCAAGCGAGACGCACCAACAGCAGCUCUCCGCUGGGCGAGCUGUUCGACCACGGCUGUGACUCCCUCUCCACAGUGUUUGUGGUGUUGGGAACCAGUAUAGCUGUUCAGAUGGGAACCAACCCAGACUGGAUGUUCUUCUGCUGCUUCGCCGGGAUGUUCAUGUUCUACUGCGCCCACUGGCAAACAUACGUGUCGGGGACGCUGCGCUUCGGCAUCAUUGAUGUGACUGAGGUGCAAAUCUUCAUAAUAGUCAUGUAUUUGCUGGCCGCCGUGGGAGGAUCUGCUUUUUGGCAGUCACUGAUUCCAAUCCUAAAUGUCCAGAUGAAAAUGAUUCCAGCCGUCUGCACUUUUUUAGGAGCCAUCUUCUCCUGCACCAAUUACUUCAGAGUUAUUUUCACAGGAGGUGUGGGCAAAAACGGAUCCACAAUAGCAGGAACCAGCGUCCUCACUCCGGUCUUACAUAUUGGUUCAGUUAUUAUUUUGGCGAUGAUGAUAUACAAGAAGUCUGCAGUCCAGCUCUUUGAGAAACAUCCGUGUCUUUAUAUCCUGGCGUUUGGCUUCGUCUCGGCCAAAAUCACCAAUAAAUUAGUCGUAGCACAUAUGACAAAAAGUGAGAUGCAUCUCCACGAUUUAGCCUUCCUGGGCCCAGGACUUCUGUUCCUGGAUCAGUAUUUCAAUAGUUUUAUUGACGAGUACCUGGUGCUAUGGAUUGCAUUGAUCAUUUCCUUUUUCGACUUGGUGCGUUACUGUGUCAGUGUUUGCAACCAGAUUGCCUGCCAUCUUCACAUUUUCGUUUUUAAAAUCAAGCCUUGUUCGGUGCUCAGCCCUGCUCCUCACUGAGGGCACGCCGGCCGCUACUGACACUUCCCCCCUCCCCCUCCCCCUCUCCCUCCCCGUUAGUCGCACUCAUCUUCUCCUCCCGCUGUUUUCCACGUAGAGACGCAGGAGACGACGACUACAGAGAUGUGGUGUAAACGUAUGUGCUUCUGCCAACUGAAUGUGAGGACAAAUAAUAUAUACUAAGAUACUGGAGUAUUACUGUCAUUGUUUCUUUUUCAUCUUCUGCCCGUUAAUAAGAAGCUCCUCCUCACGCACGCGCGCGCACACACACACACACACACACACACACACACACACACACACACACACACACACACACACACACACACACACACACACACACACACACACACACACACACACACACACACACACACACACACAGCAGGUGUUUCAGGAGAGUACAGGUGCUACUCGGUCUGUUCACAGAGGAACGUACGUACGUGUGUUUUAACUGUUACUGUGCAAAGAACAUGUAUAGGAAUCGAAUCAAACUCUUUGCUCUCGUGAUUCUAAGUUUUGUAAUAUUUGCAUAACCUUUCCUUUUUGCUUUUGUAAAUACUGAAACUGUUCCGCUUUCUGUGCUUCUCUAUAAGUUAAAAGUCCUGCUUUGACACAUUUUUAAACUUUUCCUUCAUGUUUAUGAUUUCUUAAAGGAACUUCAUCUCCUGCACGUUUCACUAAACUGUCAGCACGGUGGGAUUUUGGAGGAAACGUAAAAGACAACUUUAUUCGAUUUUCCUUUAACAUAUCUGAAUGUUCUCUUCGAAAACGUGUUUUUUUGUUUUGUUUGCCCACUUAAAGUAUGAUUAUGGGAUGUUUGGGUGUAUUUUUUUGUAUUAUUUGCUCACAUUGUUGUUAAAUUGAUAGCUGGGUUAGUGCUCAAAGGAGUUUUCCUCAACACUUUAUUAUUGUAAAUAUGUCACGACACGCACAAGAGGAAAAAACAACUCAUAGGAAAAAUAUCCAGCGAGGAAGAAUGUCUUUCAGGUCAGUUUUACUGAUCUCUGAAAUUAAUGUGAGCAAAUCUUUAAACUGAAAGUAAAGCAACUGGAGUCUUUUAAACUCCCCGUCAUUUCUUCUCUUUCAUCUCCGCCCGUCAGGAUUAGUCCGUGGUUUUCUAAUCGUCAACAAACCCCAUGAAAAGUUAAAAUAAAUGUGCUUCUCUGAAGAGUUUUUAAACUCCUAUGACUGAAAUUCAAGCUUCAGAUAUUCUCAUUCUCUGUUCUAUGACUUUAAAGCUCCAAUGAGGAGAUUUAAGCGGCCCACAAAACUCGCUGACAUUAAUACUGACGCCUCUGUGUAACCCGAAAGAAGCAAACAAGACGAAACGAAAGCAACAAAACCGACAAUGCCUGUAUGAAGAUUUUAAAUGUUUAAAGCUACUGCAGAAACAGCCUUUGUUAGCAACUUCCUCUGCACAGAUGUAGAGCCAGUUUUCAGAUUUACUGAUAAAGAAAGCAGAUUUUUCAGUUUAGAUCAGUAAAGAGAGAGGUAUCGUUUUGGCCACAGGGGGCGCCAAAUUCAACACAAACUUAACACUUUAAAGCUCCUGUGUGGAUUUUUUUUAGCUGGUUACAAAAUAGACUGAAAUUAUUGCUAGAGCAUUUUUGUAGCUAAAAAAAAAAAAUUCUGUAGGAUUAUUUUGAAUGAUUACGACCACUGUGACGCUACAUAGGUGUCCGAUGGAGUGCAUUACAAAAGUCAGAAGGGCUACGUGUUUCUGAAACUAGGAUAAAAGACAGACGAUGUCAUCAAACAUGACUGAGAACACGGAUGAAUGAGUUUCUUCUGGUUUCCUCAAGGCGUUAAAGCUCUUGUUAGGAACUUCCUGUUCGUGACGACUUUGGCGCCCCCUGUGGACAAAGUCAUACCUCUCAUAUCUUUACUGAUUUUCUCUUGUAUAUGUGUUUGUUGUGUUUUAAGACACAAAAUCUCCACCUGCUGUCUACUGAUGGUCUCGUUUUCUUCGGUUUGUUACGUAAGCGCGGUUAAAAUCUUCGCACAGGAGCUUUAUGUUUGCUUUUACCCGCUGGUUAUUUCAUUUCAGCUUUUCUGAAGAUUUUGUGACUGAAGACAUCGUUAGAGUAUCGUAAAGUUAUGUUUUUAUCUGUGAUUCAGUGGAAUGAUCCCAUUGGUUUUUGUUUAGAGGGAUCCAGAGUGACGCUAAUGUCUGGAUGCAGAUUGUUUUGGUCUUCUGGUGGGGUUUGUUGAUGAAACCUGACGUCAUGACGGUUAUUUAUUAAAACAUCUCAAUCCUUCCCACUUCA